AUGGUGAGCGCAGAACCAGGAGUAGCCGUUAACGAAUAUGAAGAGGGGAAGAUCACAGAGAAGAAGCAGCAGCAAAAGUGGACAAGAAAUAAGUGGAAGUGGCAGCAAAUGCAAAAGAAGCAGCAGCCCAAGACGGUGUUGAAGCCGCAGCAGGGGACGGAGCAGGCAAAGUCGGGGAUGGAGCAGCAUGAGCACGGGACGGAGCAGCAGCAGCAGCAGGUGACGGAGCAGGCGCAGCAGGGAGCGGAGGAGGUGCAGCAGGGGGCGGAGCAGGUGCAGCAGGGUUCGGAGCAGGUGCAGCAGGGUUCGGAGCAGCCGCAGCAGGGGGCGGAGCAGCCGCAGCACGGGGCGGAGCAGGCGCAGGAGGGGGCGGAGCAAGCGUAG